CAUGUAACAAUUAUUUGAAAAACAUAUAAUUCUCGGAAUAAAAAAACGUUCAAUAAAAUGACAUCACUUUUGUUUUGUUUUGUUUUGUUUUGUUUUAAAGGGAAAGGGGCGGUGCCGCAAUGUGUAUUGGUGGAGAGCGGCAUAUUGUAGGCAAAGAAGAUAAUUUCUAUUUCAAGCCACUCAUUCAUUUCAACUGCUAACACUCCAAAACCCAGGGGAAGAAGAAGCAGAAGAAGUAGGAAAUGCCCACCUUGAAUUUAUACACCAACGUACCUGUGGACGCCGUCACCACCUCUGACAUCCUUAAGGACGCCACCAAAGCUGUUGCCAAAAUCAUUGGCAAACCUGAAUCUUACGUGAUGAUUUUGGUUAAUGGCGGAGUUCCCAUGGCAUUUGCUGGGACGGAAGCCCCUGCUGCUUAUGGAGAAUUGAUUUCUAUUGGGGGCCUUGGACCUUCUGUUAAUGCCAAAUUGAGUUCAACUGUAGCUGAUAUUCUUCAAACCAAGCUCUCAAUUGAUAGCUCCCGCUUCUACAUCAAAUUCUAUGAUGUUCAGCGGUCAUUCUUUGGAUUCAAUGGUUCGACUUUUUGAUGAAUGGCUGAAAAAGCAUCCGGGGUCCAAGUCAGAAUCAUAUAUGUGCUGGAAUGAUUUGUUUUUAUCAGUUGAAGACUUCUCUCUCUCUCUCUCCAUCUCUCUCUCUCUCAAGACUUUCCUCCCUUAAGAAAUUGUUCAACUUUCUGAGUAACUCAUCAAAUGUAGAAUUGCCACUAUGGAAAGCGUUGCAAGUUGAAUCAGGUGCGUUCUAGAUAGUAAUAUUUCUUUUAUCUGUAAUGUUGCCUGAUUGACAUUUCCAUGUUCAUGUUAUGAUGAUUAGUUAAAAAUCAUGGAAGUGAACCUCAAGUAUAAGUAAUUCUUAUGAUUAUAACACCAAAUUCCAAACACAUUUCAUCAUAUUUUUUAUUGUAAUAGAAAUAUAUGUGUAGGUGUGAUUGUUGGAUACAAGUAUGUAUCUGACAUGGGUAUGGUAAGUUUUUUAUUGAAUAUAUUUAACAAAAUAGAUCUGUUGUACAAA